ACUACCAACCCCACUGGGGAGGAAUUCAAGUUUCAACGGAAACUUCUGUACGUUGCCCCCGACUAAAUCUGAAGAAAUGCGGGGAAAUGGCCGAUCCGAGGCCGAAAAUGCUUGGACACCCCCCCGCGUUUACAUAAAGCGCCGACGAUGCCCCACAGAUGUAGCAUCAAAUUGCCAAACCACCGUCCUAAGUUCUCAACAUCACACUCAAAAUGGCCCUAUCAUUCCGCGCCGCUCUCGGGAUUCAGCCUUCGCAGCCAACGCUGCAGGACAGCGUCCUCCUCAUCGUCGACGUUCAGAAUGAAUACGCGCGUGGCAUCCUCAAGAUCACCGACUUCGAGAAGUCGGUUGCCGCAAUCGGAGCGCUGCUGGAGCGCUACCGCGCCACUGGCGGCGAUGUGAUCCAUAUCCUCCACGACACGCCGGCAGGCGCGCCGCUGUUUACGCCCGGAACCGGCCUCGACGAGGAGUAUCCCACUAUUGCCCCGAGGGCGGGAGAGAGCGUGGUGCAUAAGAAUCAGCCGAUAUCGUUCACUGACACGAAUCUGGAGGCACUGAUCGAGAAGACUGGGAAGAAGAAGCUCGUCAUCGUCGGAUACAUGGCCCAUGUGUGCGUCAGUGGAACUACUCGUGUUGCCUUCGAGAAGGGAUACGAUGUCACCGUGGUGAAGGAUUGUAUCGGCGACAGGGACGUUCCUGGUGCGACGGCGGAGGAGCUGGUUAGGGUUGUGCUCGCGGAGCUGGGCGAUGCGCUUGCUACAAUCUUGAGCAGUGAUGAGAUCUCUGCUUAAAUCUACAUAUUGUAUGUAGAUUUUUUUGUUUUUUUGUUUCAUCAUUAUUAGCAUGCGGCCAAUACAGUAGCUAGACGACCGAAAUAAAUGUGCUCAAGGGAAUAAAGGUCCUUAGGGCUACUGGUAGUUGGUAGCUGGCGGAAACACAUGGUGAUCGGUUGGGUGAUGUUUUAACCUCCAACUUCGAGAUGAAAACGCCUGUGU